AUGGGCCCAAAAAUCGAUCCUAGCGAAAUUAAAAUUAUCUAUCUGCGGGCUACGGGUGGGGAAGUUGGUGCUUCUUCUGCUCUCGCUCCAAAAAUUGGUCCUCUUGGCUUGGCUCCCAAAAAAGUUGGUGAAGAUAUUGCAAAAGCUACAGCCGACUGGAAAGGCCUUCGUGUGACUGUACAACUGACAAUCCAGAAUCGUCAGGCUGCGGUUUCAGUAGUACCAAGUGCUUCGUCUCUAGUCGUUCGGGCACUCAAGGAGCCGCCGCGUGAUCGUAAGAAGGAAAAAAAUAUUAAACAUAGUGGCAAUAUUUCACUUGACGAGGUGAUUGAGAUUGCACGCACAAUGCGGUUCAAGUCAUAUGCUAAACAUUUAUCCGGAACCGUCAAAGAAAUUUUGGGAACUUGUAAUAGUGUCGGAUGUACUGUCGAAGGUGAAAGUCCCAGAGAUAUAACGGAAAAAAUAAAUUCGGGCGAAAUGGAAAUUCCCGAUGAAUAA